UUAGCCACCACCAAGCAUUAAGACAGCUGUGCGGAGCCGGUGCCGUACAUAAGGCGUGCGCAUAGCGGAGGACAGCGUUCAGGCGGCCGCCCGGAGGCUUUGUGCGCACUCUGAUCUUCGCUUCCCCUCUUCUUCCUCUCCGGAUCUCUGAUAGUUUUAAGGUGACUGGCAACUCUGGUUUGGGAGGUGCUUUUCCGCAGCUGGUAAUUUGAUUCUUGUACAGAAGAUCUUAAAAUAUCCUCUUUGAAAGGCUUCCAGCUAUCACGUGGCGUAAAAGGAGACAUUUCCAGGCUGGUGCUCCGAGCAGGACCCCACAUUGAUCAGUCUCUGCAGAAAUCAGGCUUCUUCAGUGUUUCUUCAGCUUGUUCUGGACUGGUGGGGGGUUAAGCAGUGAAUUCCCGAGUCUACUGUUUUCUUUUCUCUUUUGUUUUGAACCAUGAUGCCUUUUCUUUUGCCGGCCCACCCCUAGCACCUUGCAGUGAAUGGAGAACAUACUGGUUCUGCUUCCGAAGCACCGACAGGAACACGGGCUCUGCAGAAGCACGGCUGCAUGUACCUUGCUGGACGUCUUUAUCAAUAGAUCGAUUUUCUCUAAAUCUUUAGUAACCACCCAUAGUCCCUGUUAGCCUAUUUAAUGGGAUAAAUCAACUGGACAGAUCAGGUGCAAAACCAGACCAAGCAAUAAGUUCCAGUCUGACCUUCCCCCAAAUAUUAGCCUAAGGCACGCUUACAUUUUCUUGCUGAGUGCACUGUCUGUCUAAGGCCUCCGCAUGGUACUUUGGUCAAAAGAACAAGAUAAGCUCCCUGACAUCGAGAUGUCCUCGGGGGACAUUGAGAUGAAGAAGGAGGGAGGUCCCCUGACCCCAACCUUCCUCAAUUCUAACUGCUCUGUCCACCCGCUGAUCCUCACCAGAGGCCCAGAAGAGAUGAGCCCACAAACUGGAGGCGAGUUCGAGCUCACCGAGGUCACGUCUUUCACGGAAAGGAUCGGUGAGACCGGGGAAAACGAGGAGAGGUCAGAGAUCGUGGUGGCAUUAGACUGCCGGGCCAACGCCAAAGGCCAACGAGAGGAGGAUGCUCUCCUGGAGAACGCAAGCCAGAGCAACGAGAGUGACGACAACAGCAUCAAUCAGAGCCCUGAGCCACCAGCGCCGCUCAAGGAGACCUCCAUUUCCAUCGGUCUUCAAGUGGUUUUUCCCUUUCUGCUGGCUGGCUUCGGAACGGUGGCAGCAGGAAUGUUGCUAGACAUUGUCCAACACUGGACGGUGUUCACAAAGGUGUCGGAAGUCUUCAUCCUUGUUCCUGCGUUGUUGGGGCUAAAAGGGAACUUAGAGAUGACGCUGGCCUCUAGGCUUUCAACAGCGGCUAAUAUUGGUCAGAUGGACACAGCCAAGGACAUGUGGAAGAUGAUCGUAGGGAACUUGGCCCUCAUCCAGGUCCAGGCCACAGUUGUGGGGUUCCUGGCUUCCAUAGCUGCUGUAAUCUUUGGCUGGCUCCCAGAGGGACAGUUCCAGCUGGGCCAUGCAGUGCUGCUGUGUGCCUCCAGCAUGGCCACUGCCUUCAUCGCAUCGCUACUCCUGGGUCUCAUCAUGAUCGGCGUGAUUGUUGCGUCGAGAAAAGUCGGCAUCAACCCAGACAACGUGGCCACACCCAUCGCCGCUAGCCUCGGAGACCUGAUUACCUUGUCCCUGCUGGCAGGCAUCUCAACAGGGCUCUACAAGAAGCUAGAGUACAAUGACUACGCCAACCCGCUGGUGUGUGCGGUGUUUGUGGCGAUGUGUCCUUUGUGGGUCCUGAUAGCCAGGAAGAUCCCAGCUACCAGAGAAGUCCUCUAUUCAGGCUGGGAACCUGUCAUCAUCGCCAUGGCCAUCAGCAGUGUUGGAGGUCUGAUCCUUGACAAGACUGUUAGCGACCCAAAUUUCGCUGGCAUGGCUGUUUUCACUCCAGUCAUCAACGGUGUAGGAGGCAACCUGGUGGCAGUUCAGGCCAGUCGGAUCUCCACCUAUCUCCACAUGAACGGGCUGCCCCUGGGGGACCCCAACCUGGCGCCCAGGAAGUGUCCCACACCCUGCUCUUCCUUUUUCGGCUCCACUGUGAACUCUCGAUCUGCCCGUGUUCUCUUCUUCCUGGUUGCCCCGGGUCACAUCAUCUUCCUCUACACCAUUAACUCCCUGAGAGGGGGUCACACCACUCUGACCCCCAUCUUCGUCACCUUCUACCUGGUAGCUGCUCUACUGCAGGUCGCAAUCCUCCUGUACCUGGCUGACUGGAUGGUUCACUGGAUGUGGGGCCGAGGCAUGGACCCCGACAACUUCUCCAUCCCGUACCUGACCGCUCUGGGCGACCUCCUGGGAACCGGCUUCCUCGCCCUCUGCUUCCACAUGCGUUGGUUCAUCGGGGACAGAGACUCCAAUUUAGGCAACUGAAUACAUGCAAACAACGCACAAAAAAACCCCUAAAACUUGCACAUACUGUAAGCUUGCAUGCAAAAAAACUUGAUGAACUUGAUGAACAUCACCCGUAUGCCUGAGUCUGACAGCGGACAUCUACAAUAAAAGGGUUGAUCUCCCGAAGGGCUCUGGAUGACGAGUUCUUGUCAGAAUCUCACCCUCAGGAUAUCAGGACGCUGUUUUACUGUCGGCACAGCAGCAGCAUGUAAAUCCUGAGUCUUGCUGUCACCACGGAACACAGACCUCUUCAUCUCAAUCCCCAACAUGCAAAAAAAAAAACAAAAGAAAAGAAAAAACUCUGACCAAUGAUAGAUCCAGCCUCACAGGCUCCAACGCUACUUAAUCUUACCUAACACCUGAGUCCUACCACUUUUAUUAAUAUUCUUAUUGUUAACAAACGAUGCAGUUGGUAUGAUUUGAUAUCUGUUCUAUGUGUACGGCAAGUCCUCAUUAUUUUCAAUGGGGACGUAAGCCCUUUUGUUUUAAAAAAAAAAAAAAAGCACAAAAACCCCACACAUCCAAACAAGCCGAGAACGAAUGCUUAAUCUCCAAGUGCUGUUGAAUUAACUUUAAAGUCAUGUCUUGUGUUUUUGGUUAAAUGCAUUUUUUCUUCUCUGUUGUUAUGCUUCAUUACUGUAGCAAACGAGACUCUGGUUUUACUUCAGGGGACUGGACCUAAAUUCUCUUUUAGCGCAGACUCCAGGUCUUGGUUUGAAGACGCGCUCCCAGUGUUUGCUGUCCCUCAUAAAUUUUGUCAAAACUUAACAGACCGGAAGAUAGUCCAUCAAGGUUUUGCUCAUUCAGUGCAGUGGGAAAUGUUUUCACCUUUUUCCUAAUAAUAUCGAACGUGCACGUUCAACAUCCUUAGAGUCCACCACCACUGGUUUAUCUUUAACCCCUUUUAGAUUCAUUGUUGUAAAAUUUGCCUUAAUGUGCCUGUUGAUGCAUAUUUCACUCGCACCACGGAUCACUUUGAAAGCACUUUGCUGCCAUUUAGCAUUCAGAUUAAUUCCCAAUUAUACCUAGUUUAGGCUUGUUUGCAUACUAAAUAUCUUUCGGAUACAAAUAUCUACUUAAUUUAGCACCUGCUUGACAGAAAACACACAAAGAGUUUAUAUUUUUUUUUAUGAUAAUCGGUUCAGGCAGUAGCAGGUUAAAUAUUGGAAUAGCACGUGUUUGGUGCCUGUAUUCAGAGAAAAAUCCAGCCUUUCUGAGAUAAAACAUGGAUAUGUUUUUGUUUGAGCACCUGAGAGUUUAGUGUGGAAUGCUUAAGGUCAGGGAAGAAGCUUUUUUAUGAGAUUAGGUUCCUUGUUUGUUUUCUUUUCCAGGGAAAUCCUAUAAAACAAAGAAAACUCAAUACGAUGCUAUGCAUAGCAGUUAAUCUUCAGAGUUGAUUUCAGUGAUGGGCUCAAAGGUUCAAAGGUAGUUUGAUGGAAGCAUUUAACUGUCAGAGCUUGGAAAUAAAUUCAGAGGGAGUAUCUCCUUUAUAAAUGGGGAAAAGUUAUUGUUAUGACAAGAUGCAAAGCUCAUUAUGACGAGGUUAAUAUCUCAUUAAAACCAAAAUAUCUUCUCUUUUAAGUAAUAAAGGUCAUAACAACAUGUCUUUUACAUAUCUAGAGGAAAAUCAUAGUGAGCCCCUUCAGGCCUUUUUAGCAAGUUGUAAUUUGUCAGAGGAGCAUUUUUUUUUCUUCCCGUUAAAUUGAGUAACUUUCUUAUUAUAGCUUGCAUCUUGUUAAAACAAGAAAUUUUCUCAUCAAAGCGAGAAACUUUCACAACUUUUAUUGCUCCUGAAUUUAUUUCCUAGCUCUGGCAGUUAAAACAUUUCCGUAGAUCUGGGUGUUAAAUCGUGCCUUUCUUAAAUUGCUAGGACAUGCUGACACAGUGCUUCAUUAGUCUGACAGCAGAUGAAAGAUUCCGAGAGCUUAUAUUCUGUGUGGAAACAUAGGCCAUUGUUGGUGGCAUACUAAUUAGUAUUUGUUUUUUUUACUUUUAAGUAAUUUGGUCAGGCAUGGGUUGGUCACCAGUAUCAAAGCAGACCCACGUUUUAGAAAGUAACCGUUCAAAACCACAAAGAUUCCUCAUCGUACCGUUGCCUUGUGCUUAAAAGUUCUUCUGCUGUGUAGAGCAAGGAGAAAUGCAGAGCUGGAAAUCUACAGUCACAUAAGUAGCAGGCAGUGAAGAUGUGGGAACUAAGCAGCUCGACACAUAACUCUUUUUAAAGCAACACUGUUUUAAAACUCCAGCUGUAAAAGUACAUUUUAGCUACAAUGUUUAAACAAAAGCAAAUAGAUCAUUUCAGUUUAAAAUGAUCUAACUACAGUGAAGCUGUCAUAUUUAUAUUUUAUUUACCAUGAGAAUCUUGUACCAGCUUCUGGCUAGUUUAAAGGUUGGUUUUUCCCUCUGUUUUUGAAGUCACAAAAUGAGCAACGUUUAAUUUUUUUCAGUAGCUUUUUUUUUAAAACACCAACUUAUAAAAUCCAUUUGCUCCAAUGAAAUUGCCUGAAAUAGCUUUACUGUGCUACGGGAACAAAGAGGAAGAGUCCAGCAACGAGCUAGCUAACAAAGCUCAUGUUGCUCUAUAGACAAUGAUAAUUCCUUCUGCUGCUAUAAAGCUCUUUUCAAUAUAAAAGAUGGGUUAUAGACUGUUAAAAGACUGCAAGACAUCUUUAAAGUAACUCAUGGGACUCAUUGUAUUCUUAGCAACUGCUAGCUAGAAGCAGCUGGGUGUUUUACUUUUUAGAAAACUUUUACCUCUUUCAAUAUUGUUUCUACUAAGGUGAUGUCACUCUACACAACAUGCUAACACGAGGGUACGUUAAAAAAUGUAGUAACUCAGAACUCCAAACUGGGGGACUUUUUUUUGACAAUGCUAAGUCGUUAGCAUCAGCAACAACCCAUGUUGUCAAAAAUAAACCAUUUUUGAGAGAAUAUAAUAAACCUUGACGCAUAAAAGAUACUAAUUAUACAAAGAACUUAUAACAAGAAACCAGUGAUAGUGAAGUAACAUUUUAUUUAUUUAACUCAGUGAUACAGUUAAAUAAAUAAAAGUUGUUUUUUUGUUGUUGUCCUAUUCGAUGAACAGUGCCAUUUUUUGUUGUCUUUUUUUUUUUUCUCGUGUAAAACGUAAAUAGGAUCUUCUAACAUUCAUCUGUAUGGUAUGGGAUGAAUCUGAACUCUUGGAUGAAGUUUAUUUAAGGACAAGAAUCUUCACUAGUGUUUUGCUGUUCCACUUUAGCAUAUAUAUAUAUAUAUUCUUCUUCCCACCCUACACAAACGGCCUGUCAUCAGAUCAGCUCUUCCUGUCUUUAAUGGCCUGUGGUUGUUAUCUAUUUGGACAGGCUUCCAAGUAGAAAUUAUGUUGGAGGAGAAAGCAUCAUGUGAUGUUUUACUUUUAAUUGUUUGUUGUUGUUUUUCUUAACGGGGCCAGCAAAAAGCACAAGCAGAGCACAAAGUGCGAAUGUGCAAAAAUUGAUUUUAAUUGUUAAAAAUCCUUUGCUUUGUGGUCUUAAAGAUUUUUUUUUUUAAUGUCAGGUGUUUUUGAGCUUGGUUUUUUAAUUUUUUAUAUUCCAUUUCUUUGUCCUAAUCUUUUUAUCUCUCAGAGAUGAUUGUUUUGUGUUCUUAAAUGAAAUCGAGCAUACAACUACUUUAAGCAAAGAGCAACCUUUUCUGUGCCAUCCGAAUGCAUCAAUGUACUGUAGUUAGCAAAUCCACCACCAGAUGGCACUGCAAGGCUUAACUUACAUAAAGAACUUGUUCUCCGUAUUCAAAUUGCCCACCCAGAGACAUGGCUGCCACUUUGCCUUUGGCUUUUCAUCCUUCCAUCUAUCUCUAUCCGUUUGUAUCCUUGACACUCUUUAUCAAACCAAUGCCAGCAUUUUUUCUCUUCUUCAACGAAAAGUUGUGUAUACUUCUAUAAAAAGGCAAGAAAUGCUACAUCUAUUUAUUUUUUAGAAGCACACAAAGCAAAUUGUACAUACUAUAUUUAUUCUAUAUGUAAGGUUGUUUAUUUUGUCAUUUUCUUUGGGCUGAGUCCAUUUGUCAUCAGUGUUGUCAGAUUUCCUAUCUGCAAAUGGCCAUUGGCCAGCAUUUUGGUUCUCAUUGUAAUAUGACAGCAGUGAGCUUAAUGACUAUCACAGUGCCUAAUAGGAGUCGUCACAUGAACAGAUUACACACAGAAAUGUCCCUCCUGAAAUGAGAAACACACCUGUCGAUGAAAUGAGACGGUCUUAAUCUGUCAGAGCCAAGCUCAACUUUUAGAGUAACCAAUCAGGAGUUACGUAAGCCACAGAGUAGUGUUUGUUUAAUUAGAUUGGAUAAAUAAAUGAUGUACAGUGUGAUUACUGCAAUGUGUGAGUGUGAAAAUGACUGCGGCCACGGAUAGCAGAGGUGUGACCAUCGCUUUUUGUUCAUGUGGCACAGCAGACAUCUGGGAAACACUAGAAGUGAGCUUCCAAGAUAGAAAGUAGACAUUGUUCCAAAAGCAAUCUAAUAACACUCACCACCCAGCUUCUGCUUUGUAUAACCAAGUGCUUUAAACUAUUGAGCCCUAACAGGGAAUCCCACUGACAGGCCGCCAGCAUCCGCAGCCAGAUCGAGCUGUUGAACCGUAAUGUCCACAUUACCGUAAUGUCCACUCUAUUCUACCUGUAGGGAAUACUGAUGUAGACAAAUGCAGUCUUGUAAUGUCUGACGUCUUUUACAUGUUUGUCUUCUAAAAAGCCCCCCUUCUGUGAGGCAGGAGGAAGGCUUUCUCUCUGCAGGACAUUGUAAUUUGCUGGAAAUAAAUAAAUGACUAUAUUAUUUCAUACA